ACGCUUUGAACCUCUGAUGGUUUUAAAUUUCAUUGAUGACGUUGAAAGAAAAGACGAACAAAGCAAACGAUUGUCUUUCUACAAAGAAUAUUUCAAUGCUCCUGAUUGGAACAUGGAAUAUGAAAAAUACAUCGAACGACUGAAGUUUAGACAGAUGCGCAAGUUGAAAGAGCUUUCCCAUUCUCCUAGAUUCUGGGAGCUAACAACAGAAAAGAAAGUUCUUAGCUCUAAUAAUUUUUUAGCCAAUGAAAGUAAUAAAAGAAGUAUUGGAGUUCAAUAUUCAGAAGAAGUCAAUGAAUACGGCAGUAGUGAACUUGAAAAAGGAGGCAAAGUAAUUUUUGAAAACAAUUCUAAAUUGGAAAAUGUCUCAGAGAAGAAGUAUCACAUCGAAGCUCCCAUUCAUGAUAAUAAAGGUCGCUCAGAAUCCAAAGAGAAUCGGCGACCACUGAAGGCACUUCAGAAUGAAAAGCAUGCGACUAAAUCUUCGAAAGACAAAGCAUCGAUUGCAAUUAAUGUUGAAGACAAUCAAAGAAACGUCAAAAAAGAAGUUCCACGGCCGGUGAAGGCAAUUAGCAGACCACCUUUUUCACUUUAUGGACGCGGAGAACCAUCAAAUAACCACAUGACUUACAACGUGCUUUCGCCUGAUCAUGUGUACGAUUCAGCUAGACGUGCUAAAGAAAAUCGAGAGGCCCUGAAGGUCAAAUACUCGAAAGGCAAGACUGAAAAGAGCUCGCCUAGACAGCUGAUUGCCGUUCAGUUUGCGAGAAAUAACGAAGAAAAUUGGAUGAGUGAGUAUCAGCACUGCUACAGUUCCAGAGCGACCACAACUCGAAGCUCAUUAGAUUAAUUGAAUAACGUGACAACUGAAACUCAUAGCUUAUUUGUUUUUCUGAUUGUGUUUGUCAGUUUUGUGCAGGGUGACCUUUACAAGUGACCAGAUAGGUUCAGCGGAUACCCUUCUCCUUAAUUGGGACAUGCAUAAAAGUAACAGGAACUAAAAUCAUUGAAUUGGGUCCUCAAAGAGGGAUUAAUUUCUGUGCACUUUUUGGAAAAACUGUUUAGUAGAUCCGCUUCUCCCAGUCUGAUGGGAUGAGCUUGACCGGGUAUACCUAUUGACAUUUCAUUAGUGUAAGUUUACAGAACAGCUGCUCACUCUGAUAUUGUGUAAAAGUGCAAUUUAUGAAAUUUAUUCAAUAAAUUAAAAUAAAGAUUGAAAAUUCGUUGAAUUUAAUUAUAUUCAAGUUUAUUUAAUGGUUGAUCAGCGUCAACAAAAUUUGAAAUGUGUUUGUG